AUGAGUCGUUCUUUUAAUCAACCAUCUAGCCCUUAUAGCCAACCUACCAGUCCUUAUAACACACUUGGAAGCUCUUUUAGUCAGCAAGAUCUUGCCGAUGAGUGGGAAGAAGCAUACAAUCAUAAACAUACCAAAUCAACUCGAUCCAACUUUAAUGCCAUUUUUAGUGACGAUGAAGAUGAUCACGUACAUAAACCUAUGCGAGUCCAACACGAUGUGUUAACCUCAGGUUAUAUGGACCCCGUCUUAAGUUCGUCUACAUACCAUAUACAUCAAGCAGAUAACGCUUUAUCAACUUUGAAGCAUGUUGUUCUAGAAGAAGGAUGGAAAAAAGCUCUGAAGCAUAAGAGCGGUGUAGUCGUUCAUAUGAAGAAUGGCAUGCACAAAGGAGACAAGAUACCUAUAUUUAAAGGUGAAGCCAUCCUUCAGGGGUUCUCGCCACAAGCUAUAUUUUACGUGAUCGGUAUGCGUAAAUUAUGGGAUGAGCAAUAUGAAGAUGGAAAUCUUGUUGAAAACCUAAAUGAUACAACAUCGCUAACAUACGAAAUCAUGAAACCAACAGCAACAAGCAAAACAAGGGACUUGGCAUUGGUAGAGAAGAUUGAAUGCACAUCGAAUGGUGCCAUCAUUUUUGCCUGUACAAGCGUAGAAACUCCCAAGAUACCAAGAGUCAGUGGCAGAAAUCGAAUGAACAUUAAGCUUCAAGGAUGGAUAUUGGAGCCCUUACAUGGAGGCCCACAGCCAGCAACAAAGGUUGUUUUUGUCAUACAGGAAAGCACAAAGGGAUGGAUGCCUGGGUUCGCCAAGAAGACGUUGGCAAGACGUCCGCUUGUGAUCGCUAAAGUAGCCGAAUAUCUAGAAAAGAAAACGGAGCGUAUGAAAGCACAAGCAAAGCAAGCUAUUUAUUCAGGGCAUAGUAGGAGACCAUCCGUCAUGAGCUAUUACACGGCACCAUCUGGUCCUCCUCCUCCACCACCUCAUCAUCUACCUCGACAUACCAAUAUUAAUAAUAAUAACCAUAAUAGAAUCAAUAUGAAUAACUCAUUAUCUUCAACGUCUUCUCCUACUAUCCGCUCGUCACCCGAGUUAUCUCAAAAGCCCAUCCUUUUAAAUAAACCACCUACCCCUCCUCAUCAAAGAAAACAUAUUACAUUUGCAGAAGAUGAGCAAGACUCAGCAGUAACAUCAAACGCUGUAAAUAAGAUUACUCCUAAACCCCUAUAUCCUUUACAUCGUCAUCCAAUACAAAAGGUUGAAGGCCUGCAGCUAUUAAAAAAGUUAACAGCUACCACUGAUUACUGGACACUCAUCAAGCAAGUAGGUGAUACAAGAUGCUAUAAAUUUAAUAGCACUUUAGAAGAAGAUGAUAGAAUAUUGCCUUUUGUAAGAGUAGAUGGCAUAAUUCAUGGUCAAUGGACAGUUGAGCAAAUUUGUUCUGCUAUCAAUUGUUUUGGAUCAAGAAAAGUUUGGGACACAUUAUUUGAAGAUGGCAAGACAAUUGAACGCUUCAGUCAAAAAGACUACCUAGUUCACUGGUUUCUUGGAAAUAGCAAAUUACUUUUGGCGGAUACCGAUUUGUCUGCAAUCACAACCCUCGAAACAGAUCCAGCAAACGGCACGGUCUACACAGCAACGAUGAGUGUGGUUGAUACUCAGAUUCCACCUGAUCCACUAGAGGAACGUAUACGAGCACAGACUGAUCUUUAUGGUUGGGUGCUUACUCCAAAGGUAGACAGUCAAGGACAGACAAGCUCAGUUCAGGCUCAAUUUGUUUAUAAUAUGGAUUUCAAAUAUCCCGUCCCAAGGCCUGUAUUAAAGGCAUGGAAAGAUGCGUCUAUGCAGUCUAUCGAUCAUCUGCAGAACUAUUUACAGCAGCAUGGGUGUCCACCCUACAUUCGUCGAGUAGCUGGUAAAGUCACGGCAGAGACAUUUGACCAUGAAACAAAAGAGUAUCAAGUGGCCUAUACAGUCAAACACCAACCAUCAAAUGCUUACCGAACCAGAAAGCGACAAGACAGCAUUUGGUGCACAGACGUUCGUUUUUACCGAGACAUGUUUCCACAUGGUAUCGAUAUCCGGGUUAUUCCUGAACACUCAACUCGUAGUGAAGUGCUCAUGGACCAUUGUACAAUCAAAGUGUUUACAACUGAUGAGUCUAUGGAUAGUAAGCAAGUGACGCUCAUACUGAAGCCAUUGUUGAAUGAUGCCUUUGAUUGUACAAUGUAUAAAUACAACAAUGUGUUAUCUCAGCCUCCUGUUGAGCAGUUGGAUAAAAAAGGAGAGAAAGAGGAACAAAAGGAAGAGUUAAAGGCACCUGAUUCCUCAACAGAACAAGUAUCUACAGAUGCUCUGGCAGCCCCUGAUGAUUCUAUAAAAGUGCCAAAGGGUUAUUUACUUAUUUCUGAGCAUCAGAACAACAAUAUUAUCGUGAUUAGUGAUGAACUAUCAUUUAACAGCCAACAAAUAUCUGUGAUAUUUAUUGCAAUGGUCCUUUGCUAUUACAUGGGAAAAUUUACUUCAUGUAAUUCUUGUUAA